GUCCAGUCGGAAACAGCCCUACUCACCUCCGUCUCGCCCCUCGCAAACCAAGGCGUAGUCCUCGCACAUCGCAAUCACUUCCCGGUCAAUUCGUCAUAUCAGUGACAUUUCGUGUUGAUUCCAACAAGAUGCUGGUAGCAAGGUCAGCACUCGGUCGGUCAAAUUCGACGCCUCACAGCAGCAGCAGCGUGAGCUCCUCGCAUACUUUCUUCCGACAUAAUCGAUCGCAGCAGCGCGGUGAGCCGAAGCUCAGCAGCGGGCGUUCGUUCGCAUCAGCCUCUGCCGAUGCUCCUCGAGGAACGGGACCGUCAGUUUCCAAUACCGCCGGUCCUAAGCGGAUACUCGUAGGAUGGACAGCAUUGAUCUUCAUCGCAGGUUUCUCCUAUUUCUAUGUCAAGAAGCAAAAUACUCGAAAGAAGAGGCAGAUGAUGAUACGGGACGCGCAAGAGGUUGCCAGGUCACAAGGGGCGUCGGAAGAGGAGAUUCGGCAAGUGCAAGAGAGGAUAGAAAGGCUUGCGGAGAGACACGCUGUGGGAACCAAUGCAGCACGAGGCGCCACGCCAUCCUUACCGCCAGGUCAGACAGAGCAGUCUCCCAUUUCAAGCCUGCUAAGCGCGUUUGCGCGUCAAGGAUCUCCAAAGGAUGACAAGAAUGCUGCAUAGCUCGAGCUGGUGCGGAGCUUGCCAGGAAAGGCUGGUCGCAGUAUGCACGUGCCCAGCAUAAUCACGCCACAGUGCAACGGGGACGAUACAAUGACAUUGCAAGGAAGUGCUGGCUAACUCAGAGCGUGAAUGGAGGACGAGCGAUGAUGGGGUGACAUGAUAAGCGAAACAGCGCGAGAAGUACUAGACGUGACAGCCUCUAGAUGAGAGUAGAGCAGCAAAUAGACCGGCAGACGGAUGCUCGCAAAGGUGA